AUGAAGAGAAAAUCGAUUUUCAUGAGAAAGAGUGUCAUAAAGGCGCAGAACACGUUGGAUAAAUUUGGCAUUUUUAAGAAGGUGAACGUGGUGAAGAAGGAGGAGCCGGAGAAGCAGAGGCAAAGCGAAACAGACGACGACGGGGUGGAGGGGAAAAGGGGAGAAUACAACACCGUUCAGGUGAAAAAGGAAAUCCAUCCUAACUAUGGAGAGAAUGAAAAAAGGAAUGAUAAUGUCAUAAAAUGUGAACACAGUACAGACGGGCACCCGUCAUUCAAGGUUAAGGUAAAGUUAGAAGGUCAUUCGGGUCCCACUAGAAAUCGAGAGUGGGACGUAAAAGACCCCUUCGGGAAGUUCUCUGGUAGGAGGAGCGAAAGGGGGGGUCGCAGCAGUGGGGGAGAAGGCGAUGAGGAAGACAGCAGGGGGGAAAACGGCAAUGACGACGAAAAUGAUGACAGUGGAAAACACGGCAAAUGUGGUGACAACGCAGGGGAUGAUUCCGAUAUACACUACAGCAAAGACAAGAAGGAAAAGAAGAACAAAAAAGAAGAUAAAGCCGCCGAAAGCAACACCCCCUUGCAUAAGCUCUACCAACCAAUUUACAAGGAAGACUACAUAAAUGAAAUACGAAGUAAGAGGAGUCCACUGCUAAAUACUGUACUGGAUGAAGAUUUAAAUUUUAAUUUAAUUUUAUGUGGACCUCCAGGUUCGGGAAAAUCCUCCCUAGUUAAUGUAAUAAAAAAUAAAACGAACAAUUUGUUCAUCUCACUUUUCCACCUGAACAACUUAAACAAUGAACUGAGGAAGAUAUACGACCAGUCAGUUAUCAACUACAAACUAUCGAAGAAGAAAACCAUUCUGUGUAUAAAGGAUAUAAAUAGGCUGAACAAAAAUCAGCAAGAAAAUUUAUUGCUAAUUUUGAAGAAAGGCUAUUUCUACCUCCUCGCCACGUGUCUUUUCAACCCCAUGAAUAUAUUAAAUGCUUCCCUGAGCUCGAGGUGCCUGUAUUUAUAUCUGAAUGCAUAUGAUAAAAUAGAACUGGCGUUAAUUAUUAAAAGGAUAAUUGACAAGCUGGACAUUGACAUUGAAGACAAUGCUCUGAACAUAAUCAUGAACCACUCCUGUGGGGACGCCCGCGUGGCCAUUAACAUGAUCGAGUUUACAAUUAAAAAUAUGGAACGCGAGGAGCAGAAGGAGAAGGAAAGAGCGAAGGAGAGGGAAAAUCAAAACGAUAUGGAAGGGGACAGUCGAAAUGACUUCGAGGAGGAUAAGCGAAACAUGGAACAUACAGAGGAAGGAAAAAAAAGUUGCGAUAUGAUUACGAAGCAGUUCAAACUGAACGACUUUAGCAAGAUACACAAAUGGGCAUCAUCCACAAAGACGGAAAAAAAAGUUAUCCAGCUAGCUAAUAUAAAAAAUUUUUUGCAAAAUUUUCCAUGCAACGAUAACAAGCUGGACCAUUUUAACUUCAUCUCCGGAUUACACAAAAGUAUCAGAGCUGGAAAUAUCAAAGCAGCUAUUUUAUACUUAACAAAAUCUUUGAAAAACGGGGAAGAUCCCUUAUACAUUUGCAGACGGUUAAUUCGAAUAGCGUCCGAGGAUAUCGGAUUGGCGAACCAUGACGUAUUGUCUAUUUGUAUCAACACACAUUAUGCAUGCAAGGCUAUAGGGAUGCCUGAGUGCCAGACGUCGCUAAUAUAUGCCGUCAUUGUUUUAUGCAAAUCUUCCAAAAGUAACUACAUAUAUGUUGUGGAAAAUAACGCCAAGCAAAUUUGUAACGAGUACAGAUUUGACGUUCCCUUUCAUUUGAGGAACACGUCCAACAGGUACGUCUACACGAAUCAGCCCGAAAUUCUCACCUUCGAGGAGCAUUUGGACAGGUACAAGGAUGUGCAGAAAUAUUUGCCCGACUAUAUAGACAAGUUGGAGCUUCUGCCGAAGAUAUGA